AUGAACCAGAGUUUGUUGGCGAAAUGGUGUUGGAGAUUCGGCCAAGAAAAAACAAGACUGUGGUACAAAAUUGUGGUAGAUAAACAUGGGGAUAACUUCUCCUAUUGGAUCCCAAGUAAGGUGAAGCAUUCUCAUGGUGUAUCAUGCUGGAAAACAAUAGCUAAUACAACUCAUUUGGUCAACACUCAUUCCUACUUGACUAUUCAUUCAGGAAGAGCAACUUCGUUUUGGCAUGACAUAUGGAAAGGAGAUGCCUCUCUUGCCUCCUUAUUCCAUUCUAUGUACAACUUAACCAAUAAUAAGAACGUGAAGGUUGCAGAUAUGGUCACAGUAGAUGGAAACUGGAGUUUUAAUUUCAAACGUAAUCUUACAAAUUCUGAAACAGAUAGGUUUGCUGAUCUGUUGUCUGUUAUUGGAAGCACUCCACCAGUUCUAGACAACCUUCCUGAUACUAGGCGUUAG